AUGACGCUCGACGACGCCACCAUCGAUGCGAUACGCGCGGUCGCCGCCGCCGCGAAGCCGGCGCGCAAGGAACUCCAGCGCCUCGCGAAGCUGUGCGGCAUCAAGGCCAACCAGAAGAGCACGGUGAUCCUCGAGGAGCUCGAGAAGCUCGUGGCCGCAGCGCCGCCGCCGCCGGCCCCGGCGCUCCCGCGGCGCUCCAUCGCGGCGCCGCCCGUCGCCUCGCUGCCGCCGCUGCCGCCGCCCGUGGCCUCGGCCGCGGUCGCGCCGCCGCCGCGCCAGCCCUCGCUCCCGGCCGCGGCCGUCGCGGCGACGCUCGGCAAGAUCGACGCGGCCGUGCAGGAGGUGAACCGGGCUCAGCAGAUCAAAGCGGACCGCGGCGCCAAGUCGGCGAAGAAGGCCGAAGACCACAACCGCGCGCGGACGGUCGGCGCGAUGCGGGACAUGCGGCCGCCCGUGCCGCAAGCGCACCGCGUCGGCGCGCAGAACGUGCCGCGCCCGACGAAGCAGCUCCGGCCCCACGGCGAGAAGAAGGCCCACGUGCUAUCCCCUCCGCCGCGGGCCUUCCUGUCCACGGCCUCGCCGGUGCGCUCGCCGCCGCCGCCGCUCAGCCCCGCGAACGCCGAGCCGUGGCGAUUGCCGCCUAAAUCGGCAGCCAAGCGACCCGAGGCCGCGCGCGAGUUCCGCCGCGACCUGGCGGUCGCGGCGUCGAAGGCGUCGCGCGGCGCGGCGGCCGACGCGCGGCGCGGCCUCUAG